GGAGGGCGGUGCGUGUGCAGUAUUUACACUGGGCCGCUCCGCCCCUACAGCACGGAUAGAAAACUGUCUGUGGGCCGGUGGUGGGGAUGAAACAAGUGGAAGGAGAUGUAGCAGACAGACGCGCAUUGAUAACUCCACCACACGCACUACACCUCGUCGGCUCCGCUCCUUUCUCCGCGGCGCGCCGUAGCAUCCUCCCUUUUUGCGUAGCAGGACGAGCGUUCAUCUGCGGUGCUGCAUCGGGAGCUUCAUGGCCGCGACACUCGCGAUGAGCGGCGGCGGACAGGAGGACACCUUCUACCCGCUGCAGAAGGCGCCUCUGCCCGCUGUUUUCCCCCUGGAGGAGUCGGCGUUGUUCGGCUUGGACUGCAAGAUCACAGACACCGACAAGACCGGACAGAAUGACUACACGCAGGUAAAGUGUGAGAUGGACCGGUAUCUCUCCCCUCAGUCUCUUCCCCUUCCACCUCACGCAGACAGCCAGCAGAAGUCACAGAGAGACAGUGCGUCUGCACUGGAUCAAUUCUUCAACGGCGAUCACACCGGGGCUCCCUACACCCUUAACAUGAAUCUUUACCUCCCUGAUGUUGCCUACCUGAGGAUGGGCUUGUGUCAGCAGGUGCGGCCCCCUCAGCACCAGAACCACACAGGUCUCACCCAAAUCAAAACAGAAUCUGCCUCCCCGUGUUUCUCCCCCAACAUCCAGCUGCACUGCCCGAACGCCACAUCUGCUAAUAUCUGCGGCACUACUGGGCAUGAUCCCGGCAGUAUUGCCAUGGAAACCUCAGCCAUAAACAUGACGUUAUCAGGGUUACCGGACUUCACCAGCGUUUUCAGCCAGUCGGGGGGCAGCCGCGGUGACGAGCCAGUGCCAGAAGUGUUCAUCAAACAGGAAAUGUCAUCGCAGUUCGAGCAGCAUCCUCUCCACCACCAUGACAACAGCGGCUCGCUGUUUCAGCUACUAAACUCCGGCUUGGACCAUCACCAUGGCAAUGGUAUGGAAGCUCAGCAUCAGCAGCAUCAUCAUCACCAUCACCAUCAUCAUCAUCAGCAGCAGCAGCAGAUACAACACACUUCCACUUCCACAAUUCACGCGCCUUUCCAUAAUUUGCCAGUAGCUUCUUCUGCAUCUCAACAAGAGCAGACUGCCAAGUCGGCCUACUGCGGCCUGGGUGGCGGGGCGUACACACAUCCUCACGUUCAGGCACACCCCCAUUUCCUCCAGCAGCAGGUGCCCUACCUGCCACCCUCUCCGCCGAGCUCGGAGCCCGGCAGCCCCGACAGGCAGAAGGAGCUGCUCCACAACAUGUCCCCUCCUCCCUCAUACGCAGCCACCAUCGCCUCCAAGUUGUCAGGUAGCACCCCUGGACUCGGACCCGGCCCGGGACCAGGCAGCUUGGCUCUGCCUCACACUGCAGGUCCCACGCCGGCCCCAGGCCAAGUCGCUCCUGCAGCAACCGCAUCCCCAACCCCAGCUCAGACCACCGUGCCUGCCCGCUACAACCGGAGGAACAACCCGGACUUGGAGAAACGACGGAUCCACCACUGUGAUUACCCAGGCUGCAAGAAAGUCUACACCAAGUCGUCCCACCUGAAAGCCCACCUCAGGACUCACACGGGUGAGAAGCCGUACAGGUGCACGUGGGACAGCUGCGACUGGCGCUUCGCACGUUCGGAUGAGCUGACGCGCCAUUUCCGAAAGCACACGGGCGCCAAACCCUUCCAGUGCGCCGUCUGCUCGCGCUCCUUCUCCCGAUCCGACCACCUCGCCCUGCACAUGAAGAGACACCAGAACUAGCAGCGUUCGCGUCGCACACACUCACUCCAAAUACACAAGCACUCUCUUGACACGCGUAAAGCACUCACGCCAUCUCCCGCAACAGCAGUGUUACAAGCUGCCUGACGACACCACAGCUGCUCCCGGUGCUGCUAUCCUGUGCCCCGAAACGGUGGGAUAGCCUAACAAAGCGUGUUGCUCUUAACCCAAAGUGGGACACAUCGGAGGUCGUAGAGUAGAAAGGUGAUGGGCAGAUGAAGUCCAUGUCGCCUAACCUCCCAGAUGUACUUGGUAUAUAUUUCUUUGGACGGACGCAAAGAAGAAAAAAUAGUCUCGAAAAAAAAAAGGGAACGGUCGCAUCAAAAUGUGUCUCCAGUGCAACUGGACUCGUUUGUGUGACUGGAAUGAAAGCACUCAGAACUUGUACUUCUUUUGUCUGGUUUCUCUAACAUAGAACUGGCUUUGUUUUUUUUUCUUUUGUUUGUAAAACUAGUCAAGCCAAAUCUUUGUUUACUCCUUGGUUUGUUAGUUUAUUCAUAUAACUGGAAUAUCCAUUUUUUUGUUCUCCCUUUAACCAAAUCCUUUGGUUUGCACUAGAAUUGGUCAUGUAAGUCUGAGCCUUUUUGGCCCAUGUGUCUCAUUCACCACUGGAACAAUCAUUAUCACGACUGGACUGACUGUCUGUGAAUGCCACACAAAUCAUUGCUGUUCAGACAUUAAAAAUUGAAGGCAUUUAUACUAUAAUGGAGAGAGGGAAGAUAGUGCAGGAAAAAACGAGGGCGGGGUGGAGAUGAAGGGAUUUUAGUUUUUAACGAGAGGAGAUCUGAGGACGACUGAGAAACAGAGGAAGGUGGACGGUUGCUAAAGAGCAGCAAUUAGGUGAUAAAUUAUUCAUGUUGUUCUUUCGGCGGGUUUCCAACCAGAGAAAUGUAAGCGGAACCGGUCGACACAUUCUAGAAAUCAUUCAGUUCAAACUGAAUUUACCGUAUUUGAUGCACAUGCUUGAGUUUUUAAGCAUCUUCAAAAUACAAUAACUGUACAUCUAUCUCAUCCAGCCUUUUUUUCUUUUUUUAGGUGUAAAAAAUGUUUUAACCAAAGUAACAUCCUCAUCACCAACACAUUAUUAAGUGCCUCCUUCUCAGAUGUAUGUGGUUUUGUUCAGUGGUAGCAGAGAUGUGAUCAAUGUAGUGCUUUUAAAACACACGUGGUGCUGUUUUUUUAUUCUUAAUCUAUUGAAAUCUCGAGAGAUAAGUGAUUUAAUAUUUAGAUUACAAGGUUUACCCAUCAUGCAUUGUGAUUUAACAGGCCGGACCACUUCACGGACAUCCUGAGAUCAUGUGGAACUUUUAGAAAUUAAAAUGACAGUCCUCUCUCUCUGGGGGCUUUCACUCUGACUCUGUACACAACUAACUUAAAAUUCGUCUCUAUCAGUCAGUCGAACAUGGACGUAUGUUUCAUUAAUGGAUAAGUUCACAUUUUUCCAAGUCUUUCUUAAAGCAUGGCCGUGUGGGCUUUGCAAGAGUUAUUUGUUGUGCAAGUGUUCCUUGUUUAUAAAUGUUUUCAGUGUAAGUGAUGGAGACAAAAGUCCACGUAAAAAUGUAAUUGUGUUAAGCUGAACAUAACCUGAGGCGUCAAUAUAUUUCAGUCAUUAGUGCAGAAUUCCCUCUUUGCCAGACAGUCGCUGUGUUUCCAGAAACAUAUUUUUAGACGUAUUUUAAAGUAUCUCAUUUAAACAAAUGUGAUUUAAAAAAAAAAAAAAAGACAAAUAGACUGA